AUGCCGGUGCAACAGCGGGGGCCCCGGGCCGCAGGAGGGUUCGCGGCCACGUGCGCCCUGGCCGCGGGCACGCUGUACUGGUACAAGACGGAGCGGGAGCGCAUUCUCCGGCAGCGAAUUGAGAAGUCGGGUGGCAAGACUGUGGGCAAGGCGCUGAUCGGGGGGCCGUUCGAGCUGGUCGACAGCCGGGACGGGAAGACGCCGUUCUCGGACAGGGACCUGUUGGGGGAGUUCUCGCUGCUGUACUUCGGGUUCACGCACUGCCCGGACAUCUGCCCCGACGAGCUGGAGAAGAUCUGCGAGGCGGCGAACCUGGUGGAGCGGCAGGUGGGCGUCAAGGUGCAGCUGGUGUUCAUCACGAUCGACCCGCAGCGGGACCACGCGAAGCAGGUCAAGGCGUACUGCGAGGAGUUCCACCCGCGUCUGAUCGGGCUCACGGGGAACGAGGAGGCCGUCGCGCGCGCCUGCCGCGCGUACCGCGUGUACCACCACCGCACCAACGACGACCCCAAGGACUACCUCGUCGACCACUCCAUCAUCACCUACUGCCUCGACCCGCAGGGGUCCUUCCUGGCGUUCUACGGAAAGAACAGCACGAAGGAGGACGUGGCCAAGUCGCUCGUGGAGCUCAUCCAGGCGUACGCGAAGGACCACCCGGAGUACACCGUGCCGAAGCCGGCGUGA